AUGCUACCAUACGAGCAUACUAAUGAUGUCGAAAGAGUGGCUAGUAUCCUAACCGAUGCUUUCUUACCAAUGAAAUUUGAUCACUAUUUAUGCGAAGGGAAGGUUGAUAGAGAAGAAUGUUAUGAUGCUUUUGUGGAAACAGUUGAACGUUAUUUGGAAAAUGGAGGUUAUGUUGUUCAAUCUAGUGAUUUUAGUGCUGUUGCGAUUUUGUCAGGUCCUGAAAAAUUUAUCAAUUCAUAUAGAGAUGAUUCACAAGGUCGUAUGAAGAAAGUCAAACAGUUGUUUGAUGAUGCAGCUGAGAAAUACUUGGGUAAACAAAAAUUUUGGUAUUUGUCUUAUUUGGCAAGGGAUCCAUCCAGUGAUACUAAAGGUGCCGUGAGUGCUGUUGUUAGACCUUUUAUGGAAGAUGCAAAGAAGAAAGGAAUCCCAUUUGCACUUGAAGCUGUUGGUGAUAGAGCUAAGCAAGUUUAUGAGCAUUGGGGUUUCAAAACAGUUGAAGUUUUAAGAGUUGGUGAAGGUGAAGUUGAUGCUGAAAAUAAACCAGAUCCAAAUGGUGAAGGAAUGGAAGUUUAUUAUAUGAUCUAUAACUUAUGA